AUGGACAAGGUGGGGCUUGUUGAUCUAGGGUGUGAGGGGCAAAAAUUUAUUUGGCACAAAAGACUGCUCACAGGAACUACGGGACCUGCAAUGAAAAGAGCAAGAAUGGAUAGAGCUCUAGCCUCCAUCGAUUGGAGAUUGAUGUUUCCAAGAACAGUGGCUAAAAACUUACCUGUAGGAGUCUCAGAUCAUUGUCCUAUUGUCCUUGACACCACAGGAGGAAUGAAAAGUAGAGGAAGCAGUUUCAAAUAUGAAGUAAUGUGGGCUAGUGACCCAAUAAGCUUUUGGGUUGUGAAAAGUGAUUGGGAUAGACAUUUACAUAGCAAUCCAAUGGUGAACUUCCAUCGUAAACUAAGAAUAGUAAAAGGUGAUCUCAAGCAAUGGAGCAAAGAACAAUUUUUGGAAGUCAAAAAGCAGGCUGAUGAGGCCAAAGAAAAGAUUGAAAAGGCUGAGAGGGAAGAACCUCUGAAUGUCUUGAAAAAUGAGAUAGCAAGGAGUUCUCUCAAUGAAGCACUCAAGCGGGAGGAGCUUUUUUGGGGGCAAAGAUAG